CCCACAAUCCUCUGCGCCCGUCACUGACGUCACCCGGAGCCCGGACCCGGCGUACCUCUGUCACUAGCGGCGUCCGGUCGGCAACAAAAGACUCUUUUAGAAACAGUUGGCGGUAUUUUGUCGACGACAGUGUAUCUGGGGACUUUAUUACAGCAGCUGCGAGCGAUGACACCGCCGCUGUUCGUGUCCGUUGGAGGAAGAGGAAGAGGAAGGAGGUGAUGAUGAUGACAUGCAGUUAGCUGGCUGCCUGGCUGGCUGACGGACGGACCGACAGACCCUGAGUGCACUGUGUGUGUGUGUGUGUGGUGUCGGGCCCACGACCAGAGCAGGACCCCGGGGACGACGAGAGGCGAAGAUGCCGCGGAGAAAACAAUCCAACCCCCAGCCGGUGAAAGUGGAGUCGGAGGACGGGGCAGAGGUGUGUGAGCCGGGCUGCCUGGUUCUGGAGAGCGACUUCCUGCUGAGUGGAGAGCUGGAGUUUGGAGACUCCGAGAUCAUGGGGCUGGAUAGAGAGUCCGGUAUGACGGUCUUCUCUCUGAGCGUUGAGGACGACCCUUCAGUGCCAACAGACUCCACCUUCCCAGCUUUCCUGUCCUGUAAAGGAUGUGGUCAACUUCUGGGAGACAUGCCUCUGGGGGCAGGAUUAGAUCUCGGCCUGGACCUGGGGGCGGAGCUUUACUGUCUGACCUGUGAAGAAGGCCUCCAGCAUGAAGCCUUGAUCGACUCCCCUGAGCUGGAGGGGUCAAACUUGGCUGACAGAUCCAUCAGUGGUGACUCCGACAGGAAGAGGAGGAGCGUAGGUAAGGUGGGCGGAGCCGGUGACCUCCCUUCUAAACUGUACUCCUGCUCGCUCUGCCCAUUCACCUCGCGCUACUCCAACCAUCUGAAGCGCCACAUGAGGACCCACGACGGCCAGAAGCCGUACCGCUGCCCCGUCUGCCCGUACGCCUCGGCCCAGCUCGUCAAUCUGCAGCGCCACACCCGCACCCACACCGGGGAGAAACCAUACCGCUGCCACCAGUGCAGCUACGCCUGCAGCUCCCUCGGCAACCUGCGGAGACACCAGCGCAUGCACACGCAGGAGAGACCGCAGAGGAGGGAGAAGGAGAAGAGACGAGGGAGACGGAAAAAAUCAAAUGCUGAAACUGAAGAAGUAGUAUCAGACCUGACCCUCCGAGUGUCCCAGGACUCAGAUUACCUCCAGACGCUGGGGGGCCUCGGCUCUCCCUCCGGCCCGCUCCCCGUCCUCCUCUUCCCCCUUUGCUGCCGGUUGUGCGGCCUCACCCUGGAGGAGGCCGACCUGGACGGGGACAAGGCCGACGGGGAGGGAGAGGGGGAGGGCGACGGAGGGCAGGUGUGUCGUCGUUGCUCGUUGGACCUGCUGUCCAAAGAUGGAUCCGGGCCUCCCUGCAGCCCGACCGUGUCUCGUGGAUCCCGACGGGGUCAACGCAGCACCAAGCUGUACCGCUGCCCUCACUGCCCCUUCCUGUCCCACUACCCCAACCACCUGGCCCGCCACGCCCACACCCACUCUGAGGAGAAACCCCACCGCUGCCCGCACUGCCCCUACACUUCCUCGCACCUUGACAACCUCAAACGCCACCUGCGCGUACACACGGGAGAGAAGCCUUACCAGUGCCCUUCCUGCAGCUACGCCUGCGGAAACCUGGCCAACCUGCGGCGACACGAGCGCAUCCACUCGGGCGCCAAGCCGUUCCACUGUGGUGUGUGCGGCUACUCCUGCAACCAGAGCAUGAACCUGAAGCGGCACAUGCUGCGGCACACAGGCGAGAAGCCGUACGCCUGCGCCGAGUGCGACUACACCACGGGUCACUGGGACAACUACAAACGCCACCAGAGAAAACACGGUCACAACACAGACAGCUGGGACAAACACGCACCCACCAACGGCCUCAGCUGGGGCAAAGACACUCAGGAGAGCGAGAGUCAGGGACGGGAACACAGUUAGAUACACUGUGUGUGUGUGUGUGUGUGUGUGUGUGUUAUACACUGGUGAACCUCCAGCUCAGGGAGGUUGGAGCUAAUCUCAGGUGCCUUUAGACAGACUGAAUGACUGUAAUGCUGCACUGACUUUCUCAAGGGGCAUUAGUGUGUGUGUGUGUGUGUAUGCAGCACACACUUGUGUGUAAAUGCAGUCUAUAGACUCAUGUGCUCAUCUCAGUCAGAAUGUGACUUUUUCUAACUGUAUGUGUGUGUGUGUGUGUGUGUGUGUGUGUGUGUGUGUGUGUCAUGAAGCCAAUGUGAUGAAUUGAAAUGUUUAUUUUUCUCUCUAGAUGAUCUAUAUUUUGUAACUGUGGAUGGACUUGCUUUUUCUUUUUCGUAAUAGCAGGAUGGAUCAUUAUCUCACAAGCUUUAAGUCUGAGUGGGGGUUUAAUCUCGGACUCAUGCAGUUUGUCAGUGGGGGGGUUCCUGUGCAGCUCCAAACCUCUUCAUCUCGACAACAUAUGGAACAUAGCUCUAGUGUUUGUAGCCAUUAAAGAUUGUGAGAGAAAUGACAAUUAAAGUGUUGACGAGAGAGAAAAUAACUGAAAUCACCGACGUUAAAUCAGUCCCCCGCUGUAAGGGAGAGUUAGGGCCACAGCAGUGGGGGAGGUAUAAUAUUGUAGGGAGGACUAAAUGAAAAACAGUGGCCCUCAAAUUGUGUUGCAUGUAACACUCAAACAACACUUGAAUCCAGAAUGUUAAAUAUUGGAUAAUCAGUGGUUGCUGUGCUGCAUCGAGCCACAGAAAAGCACAGGAGCCCCCACUGCACAGAUUUCUCUCUGGAGCGAACUGAUGCCGGUGUUCAGGAGGAAUCUCGGCACGUGAGACGGUCGGCCUUUACCUCUCAGACGACAACAAUUCAGGGAAGAGCAGAAAUAAUUUAGUCAUGAAAGAACUCUAAUUUUAUUAAAUCGUGAACAUUUAGCAAUGUUGUAUCUGGUCUUUAUUCCACUAAUGAUGUAAUCCAAUAAGAAGAUGAGGGCUCAGACGCUGUGAAGCUCUGCAGGUGAUACAGGGGGCAUUGAUCCCAACAGACAGUUCAUUCAGGCAUUAUUACUGUGUGUGUGUGUGUGUGUGUGUGUGUGUCUGUGUGUGUGUGUGUCUCCGCCUUAUUUUAAAUCCAAUCUGUGGAAACUGAAUUUGUCGGGCUGAGCGUAUGAAGGAAUAUGUGAGUGUUUAAAAACCAGAUGUACGUCACAAACUGGCUUUUUGCUUUUAUAAAUGACGGCUGGUGUUCAGCAUGCAGUGACUCUGAUGCACCUCCAGAUUUUCAAAUUAGACAGGAAGUCAGCGUGUGGUUAGCCUAGCUUAGCAUUAAGACUGGCAGCAGGGGGGAAAGCUAGCCUGACUCAAACCUGUGAAGCUCACUGACACUGUUUUGUAUUUUGUUUGUCGGACCUCGAGCAGAACUAGGAAUGUGUAAGCGUGUUGACAGCGAGGCUGCCAGGUUUGUUGUUCACAGUGCCUUCACAUCUCGAAUAAAAGAAGUCUGACUGAA